AGCUCAAGAAAAAGCUGUGUAACAUCUUUCCGAGCUAAACGACAAAGAUUUUAGUCCACUAGUCGGCCCAUCGAGCACAUGACGUGUUACCCGGGGGCUUUAAAGCCCUAAUCCGAAGAUUUUAUUGUACAAUUUUUUGAAAUAAAAUUGCGCGAGGGCAUACAAAUAAAAGGAGAGCAAGUGGGAAAAAGGAUUGCAACUUAAACGGCCGGGACAGCAGCUUGGCCUCUGUUCUGGGCGUUUCCUGAGGAUAAAAUGGACCCUCACAGCAAGAAGCUCAAGACCCUCUCCAAUGGAGUCGCCGUUUCUGAUGCUAAUGAAAAGGAGUCAAUAUCGGUUGGUUUAGGAAGCAAAUCAAAGGCUUGCACCAAGUUUUUCAGUACAUCUGGAUGCCCAUAUGGUGAGGAUUGCCAUUACCUUCAUUAUGUUCCUGGUGGAGUAACUGCUGUAUCUCAGCUGUCAAAACUAUCAAACACUUUAGGACUUUCAAGAGAAGCAAUAGGGUUCACCUCCAGUUUUUCAUUAUCAGAUAAGUCAGGUCCUGUGACAGGCUACAAGACACGUCUUUGUAACCAUUAUGCUAGUGCUGAAGGAUGCCAGUUUGGAGAUAAGUGCCAUUUUGCUCAUGGAGAAAAGGAAUUGAGAAAAGAAAUUGUGCUUCCAAACGAGUUACUACCAUCUGGGGUGGGUACUGUUACUACAAAUUUUGGUGCUGGCUCUAAAGCAAAUCCUGGCUAUAAGACACGAAUUUGUAACAAUUUUAGCAGUUCUGAAGGAUGCAAGUAUGGAGAUAAGUGCCAUUUUGCCCAUGGAGAAAAGGAGUUGAAAAAAGAAAGUGCGCUUCCAAAUGGGGCAACUGCUGCAGCAAAUUUUGGUGCUUCAUCAAAAGCAAACAUUAGUAUCGCUGCUGCUUAUGCUGGUGGUGUAAUUGGGAAAGAUGGUGUAAACUCGAAGCACAUUUACCGUGCCACGGGGGUGAAGUUGACAAUAAAAGACCACGAGUCAGAUCCUAAUUUGAAGACAAUUGAGUUUGAAGGUUCAUUUGACAAGAUUAAUCAAGCCACAGCCAUGGUUCGUGAGUUGAUUUUAAAAAUUGAGUUACUUUUGAGUAAACAAUCUGGAAAUUCUCAACAAAGUCACAAAACUAGGCUAUGUGAACAUUUUGCUAAGGGUUCAUGCACAUUUGGGGAUAAGUGCCACUUUGCACACGGUGCUAGUGAGUUGCGGGAUGAUUCCGCUUCCACUGCUCCUUCAUUCAUGUAACUUUUUAUUAUGUCGAUUUGUUUCUCUGAAUAGUUCCUAAUGUGUAUCGUUCUAAGGUCCUCUGCCUUACCCGAAACUUUUGGCCGUCCAAAGAUAAAAAAAUGUUUUGUUCAAUUGAUGCAUAAAAUUACAUGUAAACAAGAAUUGUAGUUUUGUAUUCAGAAGGUUUCAUGUAAACUUUGGCAUGACCAUUAGAAUCUUUCAACAUUUCUUUAAAAUUACGUGUCAACAAGAAUUGUUAAUUGAAUAUAACCUCUGCUAUAUAUUGUGGGGUAAUUAUUGGCA